AAAGAGUCAGCACUCAGAGCCGCCAUCGAUACACACAAACCGAGUACGAUCACUGAGGUUGAGAGUAGAGAAUGGGAGGGCGCAGCAAGAAGCGUGGUGGUAAGGGGGCCAGCCGUGAGGGCGAUGAGGAGAAGCCGGCGUCGGAGGAGGGGGAGGGGAGAAACGCGCUGCCGAUGGCCAACGUGGUGCGCCUGAUGCGGCAGGUGCUACCGCCGAACGUCAAAAUCGCCGAGUCGGCCAAGCAGCUCACCCACGACUGCGCGGUGGAGUUCGUCAGCUUCGUCGGCGGCGAGGCGUCCGAGCGGGCCAGGACGGAGCACCGCCGCACCGUCGCGCCGGAGGACUUCACGUGGUCCUUCCAGAACCUCGGGUUCGACAGCUACGUCCAGCCCAUGCAGACCUACCUCCGCGGCUACCGCGAGUAUGACACCGCCCGCGGCAGGAGCAGCCGGGCGGCCGCACGGGCCUCGGCGGCGGAGGCUGCCGCGACGGCGCCGGUGUCGACUGGCGCCCCGGUGACGGUCACUGAAGAGGAGCUGGAGUUCCUCCAGUCGAUAGUCCCUGCACCUCCCGGAGGAUAUUAGUUGGGUUAGUUCAUAGCGGUGCGGCAAGUUUGUUUAUCGGCCCAAGGUACAUGGGCCGCCGCAUGCCGCGCAUGGGCAUAUGUGAUCCGGCCGCCAGCCCUAAAAAAACAAAAAAUCCGGACGGCGCCUAUAUGUUCUGCUCGAAGAAAAUAAAAUAAAUCCUGGA